UUUGAAGCCAGACAAUAUGCUCAUUUCUAAUCAGGGACAUAUAAAGUUGACAGACUUUGGGCUUUCCAGAGUUACUCUGAACAGAGAGAUAAAUAUGAUAGAUAUCCUUACUACCCCAUCAAUGGCAAAGCCAAAACAGGACUAUUCACGUACUCCAGGACAAUUGUUGUCUCUUAUCAGUUCUCUGGGCUUUUAUACUCCUCCUGUAGGAAUGAAAGUGCCAGGGCACAAAUCGAGUCCAACAUCUGGCAGUCCGCAUGGAGCAGUUUCUCCUGUACCUAUGGCCCAAAAGGAAAAUACCCCUCUUUCAACUAAAUUGUUCAAAACGCAUCUGGAUAAUUCUCAAUUAACACCUGUGAUGCCAGCGAGGAGUUUAACUCCUACUCUGCUUCAGUCAAGAAACAGGUUUGGUACCUCCAGUCAGUCUCACACACACCUGUCCAGUGUGGAAUCAGAAAACUGGAGCAGCCCUAGGUGCGGGAAAGGUGUAGAGCAAAGUGAAGAUGAACCUCGUUCUACAACAUCCAAAACCAGUAACAGUGGGUCAGCUCUCCUUUCAAAUGCUAUGUUGCCAAAUAGCAAAGAAGUUUUAGAGUCUGCCAUUUCUCCCAUUGCCAGCAAUGAGUCUGGCAGCAGGCAGAAGCUGGGAAGUGAACGUUUGGAUAUAACAGAUACUCCUGUGAGCACUCUGGAUGUGAAAGUAGUAAGAAAGUGUAUUUCUGAAAAUAAGAUUUGGAAAGAAAAAGUCUUUGUAAAUAAAAGAGACAUGACUUAUGAAACAGUGGAGACUUCCAGAUUACAACAGUCACUUUCAAGGCAAAAUGAGCCUGUCAAAGAGGAAGUAAUAUUUGAAAAGCCAGGUGUAAAAAGAAGCUUUGAAUCAGUUGACACUAGUCCUUGUCAGGAGCUUAACUAUGUUAAAAAAAGCAAUGCAGAAUAUAAACGUGGCUGUCAGAUCUCAGAAUUUCCUGCAAACAAAGGGACAGGUUUGACAACAGAAAUUCAAUCCUUAAUGCUUUGUAAUGAUGGAUGCCUAUGUGACACCUGUGAAAGCAAGGAAGAAGUUAAGGGUUUUAUUAGUAACCAGGAAACAGUAGAAAGAUCGCUUACUCCAACUGUAGCUAAAAACCUUAUGUGUGAUCUGGAUGCAGACUGCGGAAAGGAUGAUGAAAAGGAGUACAUGAACUCAAGUUUUUUGGUCACUGAUGAAAAACCUUUAGAUGUCUUCAGUGCAGAUUCUGACUUACUUCCUGAAGUGUCUGUUACAGAAAGCCAUCUAGAAAAACAGCUUUUAGAUUUGGACAGAAGUGUUAAAGACCUCUCCUUUGAGGAACCAAAACCUGAAGAUGUGCUAAUAACAUCACCAGAGUCCCAAAAUAAUCUCCAUCUCUCACAGGAUGGAGAGGAGGCACAUACAGUCCAGGACUGCAAGCCAGUACAUCAGAAAAAGGAUCAUGAUCAGAAACACAUGGAAGAAACUUACCUUGACACAGUAUCUUCUCCUUCCGAAAAGAUGAAGGAAGCGCUGAGUCUCUUCAAAAAAAAUGCUGUUGUUUUUCGGAGUUAUAAUAGUCCAAUCAAUCUAUCCAAUAUAUCUGAGCCAUGCAGCUUGGCUUCCUUAGAUAUAAUGGAUCUUUCACCUGCCUGCAGUGGCUCUUACCCAACAGCUAUCACUCCAUUACAGAAAGGAAGAUCAUAUCAGGUCUAUCAGACCCCUUACCGGGGCGAUGCUGGCACACCGUACAGGACUCCAAAGAGUGUUCGAAGAGGAGCUGCCCCCGUAGAAGGUGAACGAAUCCUGGGCACCCCAGACUACCUGGCACCUGAGCUGCUUUUGACACAGCCUCAUGGGACUCUGGUAUCUGGUUCUGCUGUAGACUGGUGGGCCCUUGGAGUUUGUCUGUUUGAAUUUCUAACUGGAAUUCCACCUUUUAAUGAUGAAACACCAACACAGGUCUUCCAAAAUAUUUUGAAAAGAGAUAUUCCCUGGCCUGAGGGUGAAGAAAAGCUGUCUGAUAAUGCCCAGAAUGCAAUAGAUCUUCUUCUAACAAUUGACACUACUAAGAGAGCUGGACUGAAGGAACUGAAGCAUCACCCCCUCUUUCACGGGGUGGACUGGGAUAAUCUCCAGAACCAGACGAUGCCAUUUAUACCUCAGCCCGAUGAUGAGACUGACACCUCUUACUUUGAUGCUAGAAACAAUGCUCAGCACCUGACUGUGUCUGGAUUUAGCUUAUAG